CUAACGAACCGAACAAUAGGACGCAAGAACCGGACCAGCCCACACCAAGACCCCUCAAGCAAGAGCGGGUGGAAGCCCCUGCCUUGCACAGUGCGGCUAUAAAACGGAAAGAAAGCGAUGAAGCAUUACCAAGUAUUCUAAAGCGCGCGGGAACAGAGGCAUCCCUAACGACAGGCGCCGAUAACGCACGGGGGAAGAAACCCCCCACUGCCAAAGUAGCGGAAGGGAAAACAUCGCAUGGUGUUCUCGAAACGGUUUGCCCACAUCGGCCCAGCCGCGUCGCACUGUGGAAAAUUCCAUGGGGGCCUGCGCUGCCCCGCCCCAAAGGGUUUCCGACGCCGCUUCGCCGAAGACGGGAACAAUGCGGAGGAGCUAUGUUUCACGAAAAAGCUUGCCCAGCACCCCCUUUCAGUGGAGAUGUUAUGCCCCAAGCGCCCCCCC